CCCGUGGUGACGGCGGCGGGCGGCACUUCCUGCCGCCGCCCGGAGGAGGCGGGCCGCCGGGCCCUGCGGUAGGGGCACCAGGGAAUCUCCCUCACCAGCCUGGCUUCCUGCUGGAUCUGAACUUGAAAGCAUCUGUCCUGUGCCUUCUCAGCUAUGUUCCCCAGCCGGGAAGAUUGCCUUCAUAAUGUAAAUAUUAAAGUUACACAUAGGGCGUAUAAACACCACAUUUCUACAUGUCUGCUUAAUUAUUUUCAGGAUUCCAAUUCUUAAAAAAAAAUUUAGAAAGGGAUUUUUUUAAAGGCUGAUUUAUUAUGCUUCUGAAGAAAAACCUUUCAAAAUGUGGGCCAUAUGGGGAUCCUUUUGUGGUUGGUUUGUUUGGGUUUUUUUGUGGGUUUGUUUUUGGGUUUUUUUUCUGUAAUGUAGGCAUUCUAGGACAGCAGGCACAUAAUAUGUCACAUUUUCUGAAAUGUUAAGUCUGACCUUUGGUGAUUUCAGUUGUAUCGACUGUUAGAUUGUAGUGCUAUUGUACUACUAUUAGUCUUUGUGGAAAUAGCAGGGAAAAUUCUUGACAUUUUGUUAGACUUAUAAAGAAGAUAAUUCAAUUGCAGUUUCUUUCUUUCAGUAGCUGCUAAUGUUGCGAAUAAGGCUUUGAAAUUCCUAACCAUGAAACUUUGCCUUUGUCUGGCUCAAGAUUCCUUGCCAGCAGAUCUUAAAAAUUAGAGGAAGAUGUCCUUUUUCCCUAAAAUCGUUUUCCAACAUGAAGUUGAAGAGUAUCUCACCAAAGUUUUCAGAAAUAAUGAGCUUAUCAGUGCUUUAGGUACACAGGAAGCAGAGAAAAAAUACCAAUCUCUGUUAAGUCAUCUAUCUCAUCCACCAGCUUUUACAACUGUAAGAGUAAAUACCCACUUGGCCUCAGUGCAACACGUGAAAAAAAUGCUAUUUGAAGAGAUCCAGAAGCAAUUUAAAGGACUAUGUGUUCCAGUUCUCGAGCACCCAAAACUUCAGGACAUUUUACUAAUUCCUGUCAUUGGACCCAGGCCAGAUUUAAAAAAACAUGCAUCUGAAGUCAUAGUUGGAGCCCAGUGUGGAUAUGCAGUACUUCGAGGAGCACACGUUUAUGUCCCUGGAAUUGUAUCCACCUCAAGAUUUGUGAAAGCUGGAGAUCUGGUUUCAGUGUAUUCAGAUAUUGAAGGGAAAUGCAAAAGAGGAGCCAAAGAAUUCAAUGGAGUCAAAGUUUUCCUUGGAAAUGGGAUUUCAGAACUCAGCCGCAGUGAAAUCUUCAGUUCAAGUGGCCCACUGAAGGGGCUGGGAAUAAGAAUGAUAGAGCCAGUCUACCUUAGUCCUUCAUUUGACAAUGUGCUUCCUAGUCAUUUGUUUUUACAGAAUUUACCUUCUGUGGUUGUGAGCCAUGUUUUAAACCCUCAACCAGGAGAAAAAAUUUUGGAUAUGUGUGCUGCACCUGGAGGAAAAACAACCCACAUUGCAACACUAAUGCAUGAUCAGGGUGAAGUCAUAGCCAUGGACAAGAUAGCUAACAAGGUCAAGAAAAUCAAGCAGAAUGCUGAAUUUCUACAGUUGAAUUGCAUUAAGGCCUUUUGCUAUGAUGGAACAAAGGCCCUUUUAGUAGAGAAGACAGAGGAUAAACAAGAAGGACCUCCAUUCUUACCAGAGUCAUUUGAUCGAAUUCUUCUUGAUGCUCCAUGUAGUGGGAUGGGACAGAGACCAAACAUGGCUUAUUCCUCAACUUUAAAGGAAGUGACUUCAUAUCAGCCACUACAGCGCAAGCUUUUCACUGUGGCAGUGAAGUUGCUGAAGCCAGGAGGUGUUUUAGUAUAUAGUACAUGUACAAUUACACUUUCUGAAAAUGAGGAGCAAGUUGCUUGGGCCCUGAAAACUUUUCCAUGCCUCCAGCUUCAUCCACAGGAACCUCACAUUGGAGGAGAAGGCAUGAAGGGAGCUGGACUAUCACUUGAUCAGUUGAAGCUGCUGCAGAGAUUUGAUCCAUCUGCUGUGACAUUGCGAGGAAUGAAUAUCAAUUCUUUGCAGGAUUCUAGAGAAGAUGACCUGAUUUCUUUGGCAAAUAAAGACUGUAUAGGAUUUUUCAUUGCAAAGUUUAUUAAAUUGAACAGUAAAUAAGGAUUUGGGAAUGCAACCUGAAAAAAUACCUCAGUGAGUCUAAGAACAGUUCAGACGUGAAGUGCCUUUCUUCCUGCUGCAAUGUUACCAAGCCAACGGGCUGACGGCAAGGUUGCUAUGGCAGCACUAAAAUCUGCCAGCUGUUCUGAUGGGAAAGAGCCACAGGUUGCAGCAGAAAAGUCAUGGUUGGGGGGAGGGUAAUGUCAUUUUUAAGUCUCCCUCUGCUUUUGUAUUUACAGCAGGUCAGUGCCUGAAUGACAACUAUGUUCACUCAUACUGCUGUCUGCGCUGGUUUCCCCUUAUCUAGUGUGGCAUGCCUAGGAAGGGGAUGUAAGUUACUUUACAAAAUGCAAACAUAAAAAAAUAGAUGGAAACUAUUACAAUGAAUUUUGGAAAGGGUAGUUUUCUGUGGAGGUUUACCAAUAGUUAGUUUCCUUAAAUAGUGCUUCUCAAAACACUGCAACAUUUUACAAAGAAGUGUUUUAUAAAUUGAUACUUAGAACCUCAUUUCUCUUUUAUUUUAAUACAAGCAAGAUUCUCUGUACACAUAGUAUAUACACAAAAUGCGAUUAGGCUUUGUAGCAUGUCUUUUAUAGCAGCAUGAAUAUAUUAAACCAUCUCACUCUGGGAAUGUAAAUAAAUAUUGUUUCAACAUCAAACUUCCCAUGCAUAAACUGUAUUGGUUCUGAAAUAGCCUAUUGGACUGGCUGACAAGUGACAGUUUUAAAAUCAAACAUUCGUAACAGAAGGGGCUACAGUUAUAUUAAUAUAUCAAAAGACAGAAAACAAUGCAUAAUACCAUCUGAAAUGUUGCAAAUCACCUUUCAAACAACUAAAGAUAUUAACGUUUUUGGUUAGAAAGCAUCACCAGCUAAAAUCAUGAAAAUUGAAACUGGGGAAGCAUGCUAAUGAAAACUGCCUUAGUACAUUGCUUGAAGUUUAAAUAAUCUAAAUUUCUUAAAAGAUGUUAUAUGUAUUUGGAAAUUCUGCUUCAGUUCCAGUUUGAACAGUAUUCUCAGUCCUGCUGGAACUGACAGUAGCACUAAAGAAGGAAAGCUUAGGACAAGGAAAAACAGAAACUGACAUCUGUGUGUGUUCGGAGUUUUCCUCUCACUCAUCAAUUUCCAGUUUUAAAAAGCAUUAUCUGAAAAAGUCUGUCUUUUCACACCUAUUUGGUUGGAUUAAAAAAAGCAAUAGUUCUUUUAUAAUUUGUCUUUCUACUGUAAGAAGUGUAUUUUGUAUUUGCUCACAAUCAAAACAAUCUAUCCAAUUCUCAUUCUCAGUAGUCUGGUUGUAUACUUAUAUUUUUCAUAAAUGUUUUGAUACUGUAUGUUUCCUACUGCUCUUGAAUAAAAAUGAAAGGUUUCUUCUGUCCUGCCAA